AUGUUACGCAUACCAGCCACGAUGCUCUGUCGUUCCUCCCGAGGGUAUUGUGUAAGCAAGCACGGUACUACAGCAUCAUCAAAACGUCGUAUCAGUAGCUCGUCCCUGAUCGACAUUGCACCGGAAGUGCGGGAAACCCUCCGGCACACGCCACAGUUGGUAGUGGCAUUAGAAUCAACCAUCAUUACCCACGGAAUGCCGUAUCCGCACAAUCUCGACACGGCACUAGAGGUGGAGCAGAUCGUACGACAGCAGGGUGCAGUUCCCGCCACGAUAGCAAUUGUUGGAGGUCGUAUAAAGGUGGGCCUAGGGGCGGAUCAGUUGCGGUUGCUGGCCCGUAACGAUAGUGGCGCUCAAACGGUGAAAACGUCCCGCCGGGAUAUGGCGUACGUAAUGGCGACGAGUGGAAACGGUGGCACCACGGUGGCGGGUACACUGCUCGUCGCUGAUGCGGUUGGUAUACGUAUCUUUGCGACUGGUGGCAUCGGUGGAGUGCAUCGCGAAGGCGAACGGACGAUGGACGUUUCGGCCGACCUGAUCGAACUGGGCCGCUGCCCGGUAGCGGUCGUUUCGAGCGGCGUUAAGUCAAUCCUGGACAUACCGCGGACGCUGGAAUACCUGGAAACUCAAGGCGUAUGCGUUACCACCUACGGCAGCGAGGACUGUGAAUUUCCUGCCUUCUACACACGCUCGAGCGGGUCAAAGGCGGCCUACAACCUUACCAGUGCAGCCGUAGCUGCCAAGAUGCUUCACAUGAACCGGGCGCUUGGGCUCGGGUCAGGAAUUCUAAUUGGCGUGCCGAUACCGGAACGCUACGCAAUGGAUGCCACCGAGAUGAAUGCGGUGAUUGCAGAAGCGCUUCGGGACGCAGAGCGUAAACGAAUUCACGGCAAAGAAGUAACACCAUUCAUACUUUCUGCUGUCUCGGCAUUGACGCGUGGGAAAAGUCUCGAUGCAAAUAUGGCUUUGAUAAAAAAUAACGCACAAGUUGCCGCAGACAUUGCGGUGGAACUUGCGCGCAUCGAGAAUUGGUCUUCGCCAGAGUGUAAAGACGUUGGCUCGUUGGCUGCUGAUGGCGCUGGUGCUCCGCUCGUCAUCGGCGGUUCGGUAAUUGACAUUUGCAUCAACGUCUUGGAGGAUGACCUGAAGUUACCGUCAAGAGAAGAGAAAUAG